UUCAACUUUUCACGACCUCGUCACCACUUGCCACCGUUCAGCUUCAGUUUUAUAAAAAUAAUUAUUUUGGAAAAGUACUUAUAAUACCUAGUUUUAUAAUCGAUUUAAGUGAAAAUAUAAAGUCCACAAUCUAUCAAAUAAAUUAUGUUCAUCAAACCAUUUAAAAUAAAAAGUAACAUCCUGGUAACAGGAUCGGAGCGGAAACGACUGAAGCAGCGGGCCGAAGCACAGUUUGCUGCAUCGGAAUGCUCUGCUCUGGCGGAACUGUUUGGUAACAAGUGCAAGGUGUGCGUCGUCAAAAUUGUAACGUAUGGCGAAAGCCAAGUUACGAUCUACACCAGCGAUAAGCGGCCGGUAUUCUUCGAACUGGACAGCAAACUAAUCCCAACCAUUUAUACCCUUUGGAUGUGUCCGGAUAUCGUACCGCACUUUACAACCCACCCAGGUGUGCUUCCAAAACUGGCAAACGGCGCCGAUCUGAUGAUUCCGGGAGUGGUACGCCAUGGCAAUGACAUGAAAUCCUGGGGAAACUACCGGAAGGACGAUAUCAUGGCCGUCAAUUUGACGUCGAACCGAGCGGCGGUGGGGGUUGGCCUGUUGGCCCACUCCAGUGACGAUUUGUAUAUGUGCGGUGGACGUGGGAUAGCCGUUCGAAUGUUGCACGUGUUCGGUGAUAAGAUGUGGGGUAUGGAACCGUCCGUCUGUCAGCAGGUUCCACUAAUGGGAGCAAUUCAAGCGGUGCCGAAAGAUGACGAUUUUCCUCCACUCGGGGCACCAGAUCCGAAGCAAGAGAAGAAAGUAGAGCAUCUAGCGGAAAAACUAGUGGAGGUGGACGUUAAUCGGGAAGAGACCGAAGAGAAUGGCGAACAGGAUGGAGAGCCUGAAGAAGAAUCUCAGCCCAACCCUGACAAGCUAAUAAAAGCUGCAUUUCUUAACGCUAUUAAAUUACAGGGUAAAAAGAUUACACUUCCUAUUCUGACGAGUACAUUCUACCCUCAGUAUGUACAGCCAGAAUUGCCCGAAGGCAUAGAAAUGAAACGUAGCUCGUACAAAAAAGUUGGCACAUUUCUGAAGAUAAUGGCAAAUGAAGGAUUGAUUCAAAUCAAGGAGGAGAAAAAGGGCAUCGAAAAGAUUGUGUCGAUCAAUCUUGAACAUCCCGACGUUAUGUCGUUCUAUCCUUAUAAAAUAAGCAAACCGGAAGAUCCAGAGGCCAGCACGGUCGACCAGAACAAUUCAACUCCACUGUUGUUGACAAAAAUGGUUGAAAUGUAUGCAGUAAAUGAAGCGACAGAGAAAUUGUUCGGCAGUGUAGGAGUUGCAUUAGGAAAGUCGCUGGAUGCGACACAAGUUCGGAACUACCUCAAAGACUACGUAGGACGGAAUAAGCUAAUAGAGUCUCAAAGUAAAAUGGUCACUCCAGAUGAAACUCUGAGGGAAAUUUGCGGAGGUGCGGAAUCGACGCUCUAUUCUCUACCGGAACUGUUUGAGCACGUUCUGCGGAACAUGAUCAGCACUUUUGAAAUGCGCAGUCAGAAGGGGCCGGUCACCAAGGGAGGCAAAAGAGCUAUAAUCCACUUGACAACUGCCACGCGAUCUGGUAAUAAAAAGGUUACACUUGUUAGUAAUCUAGAAGACUAUGGCGUGAACGUUGCCGAGUUUGCCAAAGCCGUUAAGCUGGGUGCGGCUGCCAGUACCAGUAUGACGGAAGUGCCUGGCACCAAGGGCGAACAACUACUGGUGCAGGGGAAUCACAUCAAGUUCGUUUACGAUCUGCUGACCGGUACCUAUCAAAUACCAAAAGCGUGUAUCUCCGGGCUGGAGUUUGCUAAGGAGCAGAAAAAGAAGAAGAAAAAGUAAGGUAAGUGCUUAAUGGGGAGAAUGUGAAUGAAAUAUAUUUAUUAAAAUAUUAAAUGA